CAAUGAUGUUUCUGGUAUCUAUAGUGUUGCUUCUUUCGCUGGCACACCCGAUACCAUAACUGAAACAUGGAAUAGUACAACCAAUAUCGAAGUACAGUGCCUGCAAGAGGCGACACCGACAUGUUCUUAUAUUAGCCUGACUGGUGUACAGACGCCAAUCAUAGCUACAAAGUACGCUGGUGUGUAUGAAACAAUGGGCACCGUCAAUAAUCGCGCUUCCUACAAACAUAACACAGAGGAUUACUAUAUAUACUAUGUUCCUUUUGACCAUUGGAUCUUGGCUGAUGGCUCCAAUGGGGCUGACAAUGCAAACAUACUCGCCAUAUCAGCUUCCGUUGAUAUACAUGUAACUACAAUCACUGGAUGGAUAUUUAAAGAUGGUAACAUGAGUCAUAACGAAGACGUUGCAUCUUUCCAAUGCAAACCAUCUACGCCUCCGUGUGACAGGCUUCACUUGACAUCGGAUAUAAAUCCAGAUCGGCCGCCAUCUCAGACAGAGUGGUUCGGUAUCUACACUCUCACAAAUGAAACAUCAGAUGGUCGCCCAGUGUACACGUUGGAUGAACCCGGUAGCGUUCAGCGUACCGUAAAGCUGUACCACGUAACAACACCAUUGUCGAGUUAUUGGUUCCUAAGUGAGUCAGUAGGUGAUACAGAACCCUACAUUCGGAUAAGAGAUGGUGCAUUCUACCCAGAGUUGAUUAAUCCAGGCAGUCUACGAGAGGAGUUGAAUAAUUCUAACUGGGCUGAAAUAUCUACGUUGAGAUUUCUCUGCUUUAAAGAGCAUGACCCAUGCAAGACCCUCUAUUUAGACUCGUCGACUUAUAUGCCACCAGGCGUACUUACAUCUGAGACAAAUAUAUUUGGGCUUUGGAUAUUAGACGAAACACAAACAUAUAACAAUCGACCUGUAUACCACCAUCAAUUACAUAGCAGCCUAUAUCUGUUCAAGAUGAACCCUAUAGGAUGGGUGCUGCAUUUCAAAAGCCCUGCUAGCAUUCUCGAUGACAGUCAGCAAAUGAAUCCACUUGCAUUGAUCACAGAUCAAAGUAUCUAUCCAGAAGAUAUAACAGCUCCGAUACGUAUCAAUCAGGUUGAAUGGCCUGGAGCAGCAUUCUCAUGUUUUUCUGUUUCAACUGCUUGCAAUGAGAUAAGUAUCAGUGGGAUCAAUACCUCACCGUUUGAAGUAUUCAAUGGACUUUAUUCGAAGAUUGUACUUGGAACAGUGCCUCGUCCCUCCUAUCAGUUAACCGAUUCUGAUAACAA